AUGACCAUCCGCACCACCCGCCCCCAACGGGACCAGCACUACAGGCCCCGCAUCCACUGCCUGAAGAAGGUGGAGGCUCUGGUGGUGGAGAUGCAGGACACUAAGAGCGGAGUCAAAGGGUCAGAGCAGAAACUGAACGUGACCAGUAUCCCCCAUGUGAUCACAGGAAAAGACAUCGUGACCUGGAUCGUCAACAAGAUGAAGAACAACACAGAGGAGGCUCAGGUGUUGGGGACGAUGCUGGUGGCCUAUGGAUACAUCUACCCCAUCCAGAACCACAAGAAGCUCGUCCUGUGCAACGACGCCAGCCUCUACCGCUUCCAGACUCCGUACUUCUGGCCGACUCAGCGCUGGGCGGCUGAGGACUCAGAUUACGCUAUUUAUCUGGCCAAGAGAAACAUCCGGAAGAAAGGCCAACUGGAGCCGUACGAGCAGGCUCACUAUAAUCACCUUCACAAAUGGCUGAAUCAUAAGUGGGAUUUCAUCGUGAUGCAGGCGUCAGAGCAGCACAAGGCGGGUAAAGAGCGUCUCAAGUCUGACCGUGUGGUUCUGGACUGUCAGGAAAGAGCCUAUUGGAUCAUCAACCGCCCCCCGAGACGCACUCACAGUGCGAUGGACACAGGUCCAGAGCGUCUCCUGGACCCGAGCUCAGACGAGAAGAUCACGUUUGACCAGUACAGACGGAUGAACAUCUUCUAUCAGCAGACCAUCAUGAGGUCAAGGGUCAAGUCCAGUGUGUCCCUGGGAGCUUUGGUCAAAUAUGUGACGACCUACAAGAACCACGACCCUUUUCUGGCCCCGUGUUUGCCCAGUAACCCCUGGCAAACGGACAACGACGCCUACUGGACCAUGAACAUGCGCAGUGUGGAUGUUCCCACUAAGAUGCGUGUGGAGCGCUGGUCCUUCAGUCUGUACGAGCUCCUGGUCGACCUGAGGGGACGCGACGACUUCAAGAUCUUCCUCAAGAAAGAGUUCAGUGGGGAGAACCUGGCGUUCUGGGAGGCGGCUGAGGAGCUGAAGUGGGGCACAGCGUCGUCCAUGUCGGCCAAAGCAGAGACGAUCUUCAAGACGUUCCUGGCUCCUGGCGCCCCCCGCUGGAUAAACAUCGAUGGGAGGACGAUGGGUCUGACGGUGAAGGGCCUGGAGCAUCCACACAGAUACGUCCUGGAGGCAGCACAGACACACGUCUUCCUCCUCAUGAAGAAGGACACGUUCUUCCGUUACCUCAAGUCUCCCACGUACAAGGACAUCCAGAAGAAAGCCCUGAGUCCAGAGGCUCAUAACUUCAGCCCGGCUCAGCUGGAGCAGAACGCCCAGAACCGCAGCCCGGGCAUCCACCCCAUCAUCCUCUGGCAGCAGGAGGAGGUGGAGAAGGCCAAGGCCGCCGCCGCCGCCGCCCCCAUCGACGUCAAGGCCAUGAUGAGCAAAGUGGACCGCAAGAAGUAG